GUCGGGAACCUCCUCCCCGCACCCCGCUCCCGCGUCUGGCCCCGCCACUCCCGCGCGGCCUGGCCCCAGCUUUGCGUCACCCGCCUGCGGAGCGAGCACCCUGGGUCGCCGGGCCCGGGCGGGGCACAGUCAGAGGUGCGGAAGGGGGCGUGGCUACGCUGCAGGCCCCGCCCUCCAGCGGUCGCCUCCGCGCGCCAAAGUCAAACGCCCGGAGUCGCCGGCGGCCGGGAGCCCGCGCACCCGCCUGUCUCCUCACGCGCGGCGGCUCCGCGAGUUCGGCGCGCAUCUGUGCCGCCGCCAGCCUCUCCGCCUACCCUCUCGGAGCCAGGUCAGGUCUAAACAUGGCCACCCCGCCCAAGAGAAGCUGCCCGUCUCCCGCAGUCAGCUCUCAGGGGACCCGCAUCAAGAAAGUCUCCGUCGAAGGGAACAUCGCUGCAGGGAAGUCAACAUUUGUAAAUAUCCUUAAACAAGUCUGCGAGGAUUGGGAAGUGGUUCCUGAACCUGUUGCCAGAUGGUGCAAUGUUCAAAGUACUCAAGAUGAAUUUGAGGAACUGACAACAUCUCAGAAAAAUGGUGGAAAUGUUCUUCAGAUGAUGUAUGAGAAACCUGAACGAUGGUCUUUUACCUUCCAAUCGUAUGCCUGUCUCAGUAGAAUACGAGCUCAGCUUGCCGCUCUUAAUGGCAAGCUCAAAGAUGCGGAGAAACCUGUAUUAUUUUUUGAACGAUCUGUGUAUAGUGACAGGUAUAUUUUUGCAUCUAAUUUGUAUGAAUCUGACUGCAUGAAUGAAACAGAGUGGACUAUUUAUCAAGACUGGCAUGACUGGAUGAAUAACCAGUUUGGCCAAAGCCUUGAAUUGGAUGGAAUCAUUUAUCUUCGAGCCACUCCACAAAAAUGCUUAAAUAGAAUAUAUUUACGGGGACGAAAUGAAGAGCAAGGCAUUCCUCUUGAAUAUUUACAGAAGCUUCACUAUAAACAUGAAAGCUGGCUCCUGCAUAGAACAUUGAAAACCAACUUUGAUUAUUUACAAGAGGUGCCUAUUUUAACACUGGAUGUUAAUGAAGACUUCAAAGACAAGCAUGAGAGUCUGGUUGAAAAGGUCAAAGAAUUUUUGAGUACUCUGUGAUCUUGCUGAAGACUACAGGCAGCCAAAUGCUUCCAGAGACUUCAGCUCUGUGUAUCUUUGUAGCUGCACAUUCAUACAGGUCUCUUUGGAAAACCUGAGUUUUUAAUCAUUUUUGUUCCAAGAAAAAAAUUUUUUAAUGAAUCCUAUAUAAAACUGUAUUACCAGUUUCUUUUCUCUUUUCUUAUCUUUGUAAAAACAAAGACAUUACCUCUCACAAUAGGAAGUCUGGAGGUGGAUGGUUUCAGAAUCUGUACAGUGGCUAACCUGUGUUAUAAAAGAUUUAGCUUCCUUUUGUUUUUAUUUUCUGUUUUCUUCUUCAGUAGGUUAGCUUUUUUCUGUGGUGCUUCUCACCCCACUGUUGACCAGUUUCUUUUCUUUUCUUUUUUUUUUGAGACAGAAUUUCACUUUGUCAGCCUUGGUAUGGUAGAGUGCCAUGGCGUCAUAGCUCACAAGCAACCUCAAACUCUUGGGCUCAAGCGAUGCUCUUGUCUCAGCUUCCCGAGUAGCUGAGACUACAGGUACCUUCCACAAGGCCCAGCUAUUUUUAGAGACAAGGUCUCACUCUUGCUCAGGCUGGUCAUGAACCUGUGAGCUCAGGCAUUCUACCCAUCUUGGCUUCUCAGGUGCUGGGAUUACAGGCUGAGCUACCACACCCUGCCCUGGUGACCAAUUUCUUAUUGGAAAGUUUUAAUGCCACAUAGUGGCAGCGUGUCCUGUGUACAUUAGUGUAUCUAUUAAAAGCUGAAAAGUGGAAUUUAAGGAAUCAUUAAAUAAGGAUUCUGAAAUUUUUUUUAUCAGGUGCCUCCCUUUCUCUUUUAUGUUGGAAGAUAAGACCAACUUUUGUGUUUAAUCAUUCACUGAUACUCACUAAUGCAUCUAUGACACCUUCAUUAGAGAGGCACCUUAGGCUUUGUUCUCAGUUGGGUAAUGGCAUUACCUGCUCUAAGGUAAUGAAUUAAUCUUAGAGCUCAUUUAAUCUUAGGCUCAUUUAAUCUUUUCUCUACCUUUGUUUCUUCAUAUAUGGCAUGGAUGAUACCAUUUUUCAUUUUUUUACAUAAGAUUUUGAAGGAUUAAAGAGGAAAUCUAUCUAUACUUAAUAGAUAACUGGAAGUUAUUACAUGAGUACAUGUAAGAUUCACUUUACAUGGAGCCAAUAGUUACUUGCUUUCUUCUUCCUUAGACUAUUGUUUUUAGAAUGAAAACUCAUUACUAUGUUAAAAGAUUUGUUUAAACUAUGAUUGUCCUUAAAUCAUUUGAGGUAGAAGUAUAGUUUUUUUCAAAAUUUCUUCCCAUUUUGAUGACGUUGGUGAAACAUAGCAAAGGGUGAGACUGUCAGUGAGCAUCUCGCUUUACCUCUCUAGUUGGUGCAGAGUCAGAAAUUGAAACCAGGGUAGAUUAUCUUCAUCAUUCUGUCUGUUUAGUCCCACUUCUUACUUUCUGCCUAUUCUGUUUUCCCUGUUGUCUAGAUGAAUUAGGUAGCGUGCUAUUUUAAAGUUUAAAUAAAAGUCACACAUUUGAACUUUGAGAACAUUGUGAUCAUUCACUGCAAAGUUCGCUUUGCUUUGUAGGGUUUGUCUUAGGGUUAUUUCCCCUUUCAGAGAAAAUAACUGAUAAAAAUGAUCUUGCUUUAUGUGUGAUAUCUUAUGAAAGCAUUCUUGUUUUUAUUGAACUAGGAAAUAAAACUAGCAAAGCUGGGGGUAAGGUUCCAUUAAGAAGGCAUACUUAAUUAUGUGUGAAGUAUUUAUGUGAAUAGUUGUAAAAAUCUGCAUGGAUUCAUCUUAGGUCUGUAUAUAAUUAAAGAGUUUUUUCCCCUAGUUUCUUAGUUAAGGUAUGCAGUGUUUUUUCUGUAUAUCUAAUUUUUAUAUUUUAGAAAAAUACAUCUUUUUGUAAUGAGGAAAGGCCACUUUUCACUUUGAAACUACCAUUUUGCCUUUCUAAAAUUUUCUCUUUUGUUUUUGGCUUCUUAUUCAAAGAUGAUAAUUUAGUAGGUUAGCCAGUCCACAUGCACUGAUCUUUGAAAACUUAAAUUCAAAUCUGUAACUAUCAUAAAUAUUUAAACUAAUUCAUUAUAUGUGUGGAUUUUUGGGGGGUUGUUUUUGUUAUAAAUGAAUUUGUCUACUUAAGUAUUUGUUAAUAGUAAGUAUACAUUUCGUGAACUACACUGGAGCUAUGCUCAUUGAAAUGAUUACAUCAUUUUAGAAUAAAAAUUUCUUUUAACUUUUGAAGAAGAAUUAUGAAUAUAAAAGGUGAAAAUUAUAUAAUUGUAUCAAUACUAUUUUAAGUAGAGGCUUAAAAUUCAAUGAUUUUCAAUAACCUUUUGAAGUGUUUAAUACUUGAAAUAUGUAGAAUUGAAAGAACCUAAUAAAAAUAUUAUUAUUUAUUUGUUAUGACUCAAAAUAAAAAUUGUACUGGUGUGGUAGGCAUAAGAGAAUUGAGCCUGAUGGACCUCAUUCUCUUGGAUCUGUUUCUCAUGGAGUAUCUUUCAUUAGAGUUAAUGUAUUACCUUUUAUAGUUGCUCUUUCAAAAAAGUAAUUGAUAGUAUAAGACUUAUUUUCCUUAACCGGAAUUUUCUGUUCUACUGUGCCUGAAACUUAGAGCAUUACAUACCAAGCCAUUUAGAAAUUAGGUCUGUCAUAUUUUAAAGGGGAGUUGCAAAGUAAAUGGAGCCAGCACAUUGUACCUCAUGAUUACAUUAUCGUACACAGCUAUGAUUUAAUAAAAAAAGUAGAGAUAUAAAUCUUAUUACCUCCAGAAAAAUGCUAAAUAAGUUAAAACUGAUAACUGUGUUAUCAGUAUGAAUUCUGAUAAAUAAUAACCUUCCUUCAUCUGGCAAACUUACCUUCUUUUAAAGUAUUAUUUUGAAAAAAGUUUUAGAGUCAUGAAAAGUUGCAAGAAUAUUAGAGUUCCUGUGUACCUGCCCUCAGCCUUCUCCUUUACUUAAUGGUAGGUAACACUUUAACCAUAGUAUAUUAUCAAACUAAAAAUUAACUUUGGUACAUUGCUAUGAACUGAAGCAUCACAGCUCACAGCAACCUCAAACUCUUGGGCUCAAGCGAUUCUCUUGCCUCAGCCUUCCAAGUAUAUGGGACUACAAGCGCCUGCCACAAUGUCUGGCUUUGUUUUAGAGACAAGGUCUUGCUCUGGCUCAGACUGGUCUCCAGCUCUUAAGCUUAGGCAAUUCACCUGCUUCAACCUCCCGGAGUGCUAGAAUUACAGGCGUGAGCCACUGGGCCUGGCCUAUUAACUGAUUUUGAAUGUUGAAUCAGCCAUACAUACGUAGGGUAAAUCCAACUUAAUCAUUAUUUUGUAAUUCUUUUUGAAUGUUGUUGUAUAUAAUUCACAUUGAAUUGAAUAUUUUAUGGAGGAUUUUAGCAUUUAUAUUUCUGAGAGAUACUGGUCUAUAGUUUACUUAUAAUGUCUUUGGUUUUGGUAUUAAAAUGACACUGACUAUAUAGAAUGGGUUAGGAAGUGUUCCCUCUGUUUCUACCCUCUGGGAGAGAUUGUAGAGAAUUGGUAUAAUCUAUUCCUUAAAUGUUCAAUAGAAUUCAUCACUGAACCAAUCUAGGCCUGGUGCUUUCUGUCUUGGAAUUUUGUUAAUUAUUGAUUUUUUUUUUUUAAUAGAUAGAUACUUAGAUACUCUAUUUUGUGAAUUUUGACAGACUGUAUCUUUUCAAGGAAUGGAUCCAUUUCACUUAGUUUGCUAAAUUUGUGGGCAUAGAGUUAUCCAUAAUAUCCCUCUGUUACCUUUUUAAUUCCAUGGGAUCUGUAGUGAUAUCCCCUCUUCAUUUCUGAUGUUAAUAAUUUGUGUCUUCUGUUUUUCUGAAUUGGCCUGGCUAAGGCAUAGCAAUUUCUAUUGAUCUUCUUAAAGAACUACCUUUUGGUUUUCCUGAUUUUCUCUGUUUUCCUAUUUCAUUGAUUUGUACUCUAAUUUUCAUUAUUUCUUAUAUUUACUUUGAAUUUAUUAAAUAUUUUAUUUCAAAAUAUUAAUUAAGGGGGUAUAAGUGUUUUUGUUGCAUGGUUAUCUUGUUUAAUACUCAAGUCAGGGAGUUUGGUGCCCACCACCAGAAUAGUGUUCAUUGUACCCAGUAGGUAGGUUUUAAUCCCACUCCUACCUUCCCAGUCUUGGCUCCUUGUGUCUCUUGUGUGUGUCACUUUGUGUGUGCACUAUCUGUUAGCUCUCACUGAUUAGUGAGAACAUACAGCGUUUGGCUUUCUGUUCCCAACAUACUUCACUUAGGAUAACGGUCUCCGGUUCACUCUGCUUUGCUGCAGAUGAUACUAUUUCAUUCCUUUUUAUGGCCAAGUUUACUUUGAAUUUAAUUAGCUCUUUUGUUUCCUAUGGUGAAAACUUAGAUUUUUUUAUUUUAGAUCCCAUUUUCUAAUACACAUAUUCAAUAUCAUAAAUUUCCCUCCAAGCACUAAUUUCACUGCACCCUAAUUUAAAACCUGAUGUUACAGUUUUAUUUUCAUUUAGUUCAGACUAUUUGAAAAUCUCCCUAGUUCUUCUUUGAUGCAUAUGUUAUGUAGAAAUAUUGUGGGUUUUUUCCAAGUAUCUUUCUGUAAUUGAUUUCUAGUUUAAUUCAUUGUAGUCUGAGAGCAAAUAUUGUAUGAUUUCUAUUUUUAAAAAUUUAUUUAAAUGUCUUUUAUGAAUGUUUUACAUGAACUUGAAAUGAAUGUGUAUUCUGCUGUUGGAUGAACUAGUCUGUAGAUGUUAAUUAUACCCAGUUGAUUGAUGGUGUUGUCGAAGUCAAUUGUGUCUUUACUGAUUUUCUCCUUCUAGAUCUUUC